CCCCAAAUGGCGGCUCUCCUAAACCCUACGGCUCGGCGGCUCGCCGUCGCUGCCUUCCGCCGCCUUUCUACGCCGCCGGCGGUGGAGCCCUUCGUAGCCAACUGGAGCACCCAAGCAAGACACAAUUCCAGUCUGGUGGAGGUUAAUGGCGGAUUUGGUGAGAUGGUUUCCAGCACACAGAAGUACUACGUGUUCGGAGGCAAAGGUGGUGUUGGGAAAACAAGCUUGGCGGCAUCGCUCGCUGUGAAGUUUGCCAACCAUGGUGAACCGACGCUCAUAGUCUCUAUGCACCCAGCACAUUCACUGGGUGAUACACUCGAACAAGACCUGAGUGGCGGUAAAAUCGUACCUGUCACUGGAGUUGACUCUCUUUUUGCGGCCGAGAUUGGCCAUGUGGAUGCGAAGGAGGACUCUUCUAGUUUUGGAUCUUCAAUGCGUAACAUGCUGGGCAAGAUAGGGCUUGGAGUUCUUGCUGAUCCGCUGGGAAAAAAUAAGCUGCAUGAAAUGCUGAUGAAAACUCCUGGAUUGGGGGAAGGCAUUGCAAUUUCAAAGCUGAUACAAAUCGUCGAACUGCAAGAGAGCAAUAAAUUUAGGCGCAUUGUUUUGGAUACUGGGGCCACUGGGCAUACACUUAACCUUUUGUCUGCUGCUACUUUAAUGGAGAAGUUCCUCAGUAUGGCCAAUAAGGCUGCGAAUGUAGCAUCUUCAUACCCUGCUCUUAAAUCAGUUUUUGGGAAAGAGCAAAUAGAUCCUGCCAAGAUAGAGGAACUGAGGCAGCAGAUUGCCAGAGUACGUGAUCUUAUACAAGACCCACAGUUAACCGAAUUUCUCAUUGUGACGAUUCCUACGGUGAUGGCCAUUACAGAAUCAUCAAGGUUUCAUGCUUCUUUAAAGAAGGAUGGUGCGCCAGCAACAAGGCUUGUUGUAAAUCAAGUAUUGCCUUUAUCUGCCUCUGAAUGCAGAUUUUGCGCUGUAAAACGGAAGGAAGAAACAUGGGCCCUCAAUAUGAUAAGUGCGGAUCGUGAACUUGGUGGCCUAAAGCUAAUCCAAGCACCACUGCAGGAUGUGGAGGUCAAAGGCGUCCCUGCUCUCAGAUUCUUCAGUGAUGUGGUAUGGAAAUAGCUGCUAUGAUGUGUAGACAUGAUGGGAAUUCUGGUUUCUUAUCUGAAGCUGCAGGACAUUGGUAUGGGUGUAAUGUGCCAUGGCGGGGCUAUCCUAGAAAUCUCUAAAAAAGAUGAAAUCCCAGCAGGGUAUCAGUCUGUUCAGGCUGUAGAAGUAUUGAAGCUUGCCCCAUUACGUAGAAAUACUCGUGGGAAGCCUGGAACCGUUAGCUACCGCACUUGGGACACCAAAAAGUUUCAAGGGAAAAACUGUUCUCCUUUCUUGGUAUCUGGACAUUAUCCUGUGUGCAUAACUCAACAACUUGGGAAGAACCUAUUGUGAUCUUCAGUUUGCCCCCUAUUUUGUCAUAACUCAAACCAUUUAC